UGAACUACAAGAGUCUUUAAGUUUUAUAAAGCUUAAUAGAAAGUGAUGUAUCAGUGGUCAAGUCUAAAUAUAGCAUCCACAGUGCCUAUCUGGUGUCCACAGCUGUUUUCCCUCUCCCCCUUUUUGUUAUGAAGCAUGGCUAUAAGAGGGUGUGUGUGAGUGUGCAUAUGAGAACUGACAAUAGUAGUGAUACGGCACAGUUUGAUAGCAGCAGCAAAAGCCACAGCAGAGGGAGAAUGGUCAGCCAUAUGUUCUCUAACCUCCUACUACUCUGGUUACUCAGCCAUGACCUUCAUAUAACUGGACUCACAUAUGAUGCUUCAAAGGAGCAGUCCUGGAACAACCAGAACCUCUAUUCGAUCCCUGUGGGUUUGGAUGUAAGACUUAGAAGACUAGACCUGUCUAAUAACUUCAUCAGACAGUUGCACACACUUGUUUUGCCAUACUUGGAGCAGCUGGACCUGAGCACCAACCAGUUGGAUCUAAUCGCCGAGGGGGCUUUUGAAAACCUGGCUCGACUUGAAGAGUUGAAUUUGUCCAGAAAUGCUCUGAACAACAACCUUGGCAAUAACACCAAAGCUCUCCAGUCCAUCAGUACGCUGAAGAGUUUGGACAUAUCAAUGAACAGUCUGAGUGAUGAUGCAGUGGAGCUAUACCUUCGCAACAAAUCCUCUCUUGCUCAGCUUAAGAUGAGUGGUAAUGCUUUAAGAAGACUCUCACACAGCCUAUUCAAUGAGAGUAAAGGCCUGAGGGCCAUUAAUAUUGAUGAUAAUCUGAUAUCAGUGAUAGAACAGGGGACAUUUGAACCGCUGAGUCAGUUAGAGAUUCUAAAUUUGGCUAAAAAUAACCUUGUAUAUAUCUGUGAUUUUAAAUUACACAAACUUAAGUAUUUGAAUCUCAGCAGAAACUCAGUAGAGUUCUUUAUUACUCAGGAGGAUGACCAGUUGUACAGGCUUGAAAUUCUGGAUUUGAGUUUCAACAAACUCCUUUAUUUCCCAAUUGUUCCAAAGAUGAACCAUUUGAGGUAUCUUUAUUUACAGAAUAACAUGAUUGGUACCUUAAAUUCAGAGGAUAUAAUGAUAUCAGAGACUAAUUCUCUUUACAACGAGAUUAUAAAUGAGAAAAUAGAUCAAAAAAAUAUCCUACAUUCAAACUGGAGGCUAAUGCCGCUGAUUUAUAUUGACCUCAGCUAUAACCACUUUAGAUCAUUCCCAGGGGAGACUUUAAGCCUUCUCUCAUCUUUAGAAACCAUGAAUUUCAGUUACAACUGUCUGCAAAACAUCACCUGGACUAUCAGAAAUUACAGUGAUUCAGGAUACCGUCCGCAGCUCUUCUUUCCCUCCUUAAAGCACCUCGACUUGCAAAGCAAUGGACUUGUAUAUAUUUCCCUGCACUUUCUCGGUGCACUCUCACAAAUAGAAACAUUAAAUUUACAAGACAAUUCAGUGCAACCCUGUGCCUCCGUGGAGCUUUUUAGAAGCUCUUAUUCAACACAGCAAAUAAAUUUCAACACAUCCUGUGUUGCCUUUGGGCAAUUAAGAACUCUUAAACACCUCAAUCUUAAAGAAAACAACAUAAAAAUGCUUCGCCCAAAUACAUUUCAGGGAACCUCUUUGGUUUCCUUGAAUCUUGCAAGAAAUUCACAUAUGGUAAUGCACGAGGAUGCACUAGAAGGUGUACAAACUACUCUUCAGUCCUUGAUUAUCAGUGAAAGAAACAUGACUAGCUCUGAUCUGUCUUUGCCCUGUUUGCCAGUGUUAACUGAGCUGAAGCUAUCAAAUAACAGUCUAGAUGUUAUACCCAGCAGUUUAAGCUGCUCUCCUCUAAGAGAAAUCGACAUAAGAAAUAAUGUUUUCAUGACUUUAAACCAUUCCUUGAUUCAUGAUUUAUCUGUACACCUCAAUGUUAUGUAUAUUAGUGGGAAUCAUUUUAAUUGUUGUGACAGUAAAUGGCUGACAAUCCUGAAUGAGUUCAGGAUUAAACUGCCUGACAUCAAUAACACUGAAUGCUUUACAAGUGUUAGCAAUGUUGUAAUGGCAGAGUAUCUGAAAAACCCUUGGUUGUAUUGUUUGAUACAUACAAACACUCAGGAAAUUCACUUUGGACAAAUGUUCAUUGCUGUUUUAUUUGCUUUUGUUAUAUUAACAAUUUUCAUCUUAUUUACCAGGAAAUUUUGUUGCACACAGAGAUCAUUUAUAGUGUGAUGUCUAAAACUUGCUGUCAGUGGCUUGUUUUGUACAACGCUACAUGCUGUGUAUGCGUGUGGGUAACUUAAAAUAUACAGACCAAAUACAGGCAGUGAGAAACAGCAGAGCAAACUACAGCAACUCAAGCGUAAUUCCUGUGCUUUAUGUUACACGACCCAUUUAGAGAAGUGGGAGUGAUGGCUGCUUAGGCUUUAAAAAACUAAAGUAACAAACUUUCAAUUAAAAUUCACAGACUUUGCCAGUGGACACACAAAUCUAUUCUCUCUCUGUUAAAGUUGUCUGUUAUGACUGAGACUCCACACCACAUUACUGGCUAGUCUGUGGGACAUGCACAAUGCUGUGUGACCCAUUUUAAGAUGUUGCAAUUGGAAUGGCUUUAUCAUCACCCAAGCUGUUAGGUUAGUGUGUACCAAUUUGUGGAAAGCACUUUUAGCCCAGUCUUCAUUUUGAAAUGUUUGUUGGCAACUAAAAGUUUAACUCUAUAGCUCAAAUUUCUCUGACAACCAUGAAGCCUCAUCCAACAUUCCCACAAUCAGAACUGACAUUCUUAAAAAUUCAAUACAACACCAGUGAGAAACCUUGUAGGAGUUUUCUUAUGUAUAUGUAUAUAUUUUUAAAUAAAUAUAGCUUCUGUCACAGUGUGUAUAUACAAGAUCCAUUUGACUAUAUUUGAAUUGUGUUUUGUAAUGUACAAUUAUGUGGCUCUGACCCUGGGACACUGUGUUGUAUAGUGGUAAGAGUGACACCAAAAAUGCUGUACAUAGUAAACACACUUUACCUA